AUGUGCUCGCCUAGCUGUAGUGUUGUUCAAUGUGUCCGAUAACUAUAGCAUUGAUAGUACUGGCCUUAUUGAUAGGCCUGAUCUACAUCUUUCUCAUAUGGAAUUUCAACCACUAGAACAAACUUGGUAUCAAAACUGUUAAAUCGUGGCCACUUGUUGGAAGUUUCCCAAGUGUGUUUACCCAAAAGCGAAAUGUUGCAUAUGAAAUUCAAGAUAUAUACAACCAGUAUAAAGAUACUGAAAAUAUCGUAGGCGUGCUGAAUACUCGAGCGCCACAGCUGUUGAUCUUAACUCCGGAAUAUGCGCGAGCUGUUUACGUGACAGAGUUUCGAAAAUUUCAUGACAAUGAAAUGUCUCAAUUUACCAAUGAGAAAGUGGAUAAGAUACUGGCAAACAAUCCGUUUCUGCUAUUGGGUGACAAAUGGAAGGAGCGACGCGCUGAAAUAACACCUGGACUUUCACCAAAUCGGGUUCAAGCAGUUUACUCCGUCACCCAAAACAUUUGCAAGCAGUUUGUCGACUAUAUAAAGAAGCAACAGCGCAUGGCGCCAUCUGGUGGUCUAAAUGCGAAAGCUCUUUGCCUUUGUUACACCACCGAAGUGGUAGCCGACUGUGUGUUGGGCAUUUCGUCGGGAAGCUUUAGUGAUAAUCCAACACCGCUUGUGGGAAUGAUUAAGCGUGUCUUUGAACACUCGUUCGGCUUUAUAUUCUUCAAUACGUUGGCAUCACUUUUUCCUUUAAUCAGGAAGUUCUACUGUGUCCCAUUUUUCACUAAGGAUGUAGAAAAUUUCUUCUUUGAUAUAAUGCAGAAAGCCAUCAAUUUGCGACGAGAAAACAAUGAGCAUCGCAACCGAGCGGACUUCCUUAACUACAUGCUUCAGCUGCAAGAAAAGAAGGGUCUCGACACAAUGAUGCUCACAUCUCACACAAUGACCUUCCUAACCGACGGGUUUGAGACCACCGCCUUGGUGCUAUCCCACACUUUGUUGCAACUUGCUCGCAAUCCGGAAGCGCAGCGUCUGCUUCGCGAGGAGGUGGCAACAGGAGAGCUAAGCUUUGAUCAACUGAGUGAGCUGCCUUAUUUGGAUGCCUGUAUAAGCGAAACACUACGUAUAUUCCCACCGGGACUGGUGGCACGUAAACUCGUAACGGAACCCUUUCAGUUUGUUAACAAGAAUGGAGUCAACGUGGAGGUGGUUCCUGGAGACGUGGUAAUUGUGCCCAACUAUGCCUUCCACCACGAUCCGAACUACUAUGAGCAUCCAGAAAAGUUCCAGCCCGAGCGUUUUCUCGAGCACAAUGGAGGCGUGCGCAAAUAUCGUGAGCAGGGACUCUAUUUUGGGUGGGGUGAUGGACCUCGUGUUUGUCCAGGAAUGCGCUUUGCACUUACCCAACUCAAAGCUGCAUUGGUUGCAAUCGUUCGUCAAUACAAUAUCAAGCCAAAUCCAAAAACACGGACCGACAACAUCUUGGAUGAAACGUAUUUCAUGGCCACCCUUAAAGGCGGCAUUUGGUUGGACUUUGAGGAGCGUGACUAAGAUAUUUUAAAUACCGAUCAUAAUAAAGCAAAUCAAUACCUAUGCAUUUCCUGGUGAGCAAAAAUCAAGAUAUUUGUUCUGUAGUUUUUGUUCUAUGAUUAAAACAACCAUAUGUGUUCUACACA